UCUCCGGACCAUGAACAGCCACCCGGCGACCAAAAAAAAUCAUCUAGUCCUGGUGGCUCUGACAGAUCCCAAGCGCCGUAUCUGCGUGGACGAUCAAAAUCUGGAGAGGGACAUCAGGCUCUUGGACAGCAAGUCCAUGCUGUUAAGGGUGCCAAGUACCACGGGUAAGAGCGCUUUGUGGAACUGUGUGGAACCGCCUCGCUACUACCGUCAUUUGGAAUUCGACGCCAUUGGCUUUGAUGGUGAGCCUCAUAUCAAGACGGAAUUGAGCGAUUUCAUAGGUCAAAUGUUCCGCCACCAUCGACACGGAAGUCUGAUACGGAUCUCUUCCCAAAGAAACCACAGUCCCAACCUUUUCACCCGCCUCUUGGUCAAUGAAGUAGACAAAAUAAUGGUCGAUAUGCGUUACCGGCUAAAAGCAGUUAAUGUAGAUUACUUUGAUGUCCGCAAAUUCGACAUGGUCAACAUGGUGGCGGAACCUACUGCCCUAUCCAGCCGUCGAGGGAGUACUCCUUGCGGGAAAAGUUUGUCCAGCACCAGAGAGUUGUUCCAGUGGUUGAACAAUGAUCUUACCUCCUUAAGGGGCCGUGGCACUGGUGAUGACUAUCUGGAGUUUGAGUUUGUGUACCGGGAUAGCCUGGUCCUGCAGCACAAGAUUCAUCUUUCGAUUUUCCACAUCUUCGGAGGUGAAAACCGACUGGAUUUGGUUGAGUUCUUUAAGGGAUUGCCGCAGGGCAGGCAAAACAGCAGCACCCUCCUAAACGAUUGCCUGAGGGAGUCCUUUGACUUUAAGAGUCCCUAUCCGGCGGUUGUCGUGUUCGAGCUUCCCAUAGCUCCAGAUCAAACUGACUCACGACGAAAGAUCUUGAAAAUGGCGCAUGUGGCCUAUGCUUCCUUGGAGAAGUCCCGAAAAAUAAUGGCUAAAUCACAGCCGAAAUCCGCAUCCCACAGUUACAUCAACCUAAGUAAGUUGAGUGCCUCUGAAGCCCGCAGCUCGGUAAGGUCAGUGCCUAACAUCUCCUUAGCCAAUUGGCGCCGCACUGCCAAAUUCUCAAACGAGGACUACAAUGGUCUGGCCUAUUGGUACGGGCGCAUAGAUUCCAAAUUUGCGGAGCUAAAACUGGCCAUGGAGCAGUACUUCGUGGAUUUAUAUAAACGGAAAAGUCUUGAUAUACGCAGCGAAAUUAGAUCUAUCAAUGAGGAUCUAAGUGAGGAGAUCGACGAAAGUGGGGGCGAUGGAGCAAGGCCCCAAAGGCCAGCCAGAGAACUAAGUUUUCCUGGGAAGACAUACCCCGUCCUGAAGAAGGAAUUCAAAAGACUGGGAAUCGAAGCUGAGAGAACCGCAUACGCUCCCACCUUGAAAGUGUACAUCAGCACCAAGAACUACGAGCUUUCGGAGGCGGAAAAGGCCCUCAGGCAGAGGGAGAUCGACAACCUAAGACUCGGUUUGAUCCAGUAUAUCAGCACACCGGAUGCCAGUAUUUCCGGGGACUAGAAGUUUUACUAAAUGUCACCGCAGCCUGUGAUGUCUAGUGAAACUCCUUUCCCCAAACUAAAAACGUAAAAACGAAUAAUAAAUAGUUAAUUGUCAAUUUAA